CUCAACAAGCUCAGCCAGCAAUCAGUUGGGCGCUGGAUACGGACGCGAGCAGUAUGGACUUUUAAAUUGGCCAAAAACACCAGUAUAAAAUCGAGAAUAUAUAGCGUACAGCGGCGUAACAAUCGGUAGCAACAAUAGGAACGUUGUUUUUUUGGCCAUACCGCCAUAUAGCCCCGAAAUUUAUGCCGUUCGUUUGUCAAUAAAAAAGCAAACGGGAAAUGUAAACAGAAGCGUAGCGAAAGGAAGACAUCAUAUUGAAUUUAUGGUGUAGGUGCAGCAACGUGGUCCUCGAACCUAAGGACACCCCGGUGUCCUUGUCGUCAGGGUGUGACUCGGCACAGUUUGGUAGUGUCGGUGCCGAUUUGCACGUGCCCUCACCUUUGAACUCACUCUCUCUCUUGUUUCACGCCACCCCGAGAUCCUUGUGUGCUGUCCUUUAUUGUUGUCUUACCUGUGCUACCCACCUACAAUUACCUUUAUCGGGCAAGGACCAAAUUGCUUUUGCUACCCUCCGCCACGUUGCGAACAAGCCCGGUCCGGUUCGAUACCACACGGCGUAUGCGGAACGUUUUUGAGGUCUCCGGAGCUCAACGGUCGUAGUAUUGCGCAUGAUAAUUGAAUUUUUGUGGCGGCUGCUUUGUGAAACUCUCCUAAUUGGAAAUUUCUUAUUUGCGUUCGAUGAACUGUAAGCGGAAAAGAGCCCAAAAUUGAAAAUGUCCCGUGACAAUCAAGCGAAAUCACCAAUAGCCAGUACAAAGUGAUCCGGAAAGUUGUGAACUAAAGCUGAGAAAACAUGGAGAACACCGCACUGCUGGCUAAUAUUAGCCUAAAUGCAACCAGAAAUGAGGAGAAUAUCACUUCAUUCUUCACCGAUGAGGAGUGGCUGGCCAUUAGUGGCACUUUGCCGUGGAUAGUGGGAUUCUUCUUUGGCGUCAUCGCCAUCACGGGAUUCUUUGGCAACCUGCUGGUCAUCCUGGUGGUGGUCUUCAACAACAACAUGCGCUCCACCACCAACCUGAUGAUUGUCAAUCUGGCUGCCGCUGAUCUGAUGUUCGUAAUCCUCUGCAUUCCCUUCACGGCCACCGACUACAUGGUGUACUACUGGCCAUACGGAAGGUUCUGGUGCCGCAGUGUCCAGUACCUGAUUGUGGUUACCGCCUUCGCCUCCAUCUACACGCUGGUGCUGAUGUCCAUCGAUCGAUUCCUGGCGGUGGUCCAUCCCAUUCGCUCGCGGAUGAUGCGGACGGAGAACAUCACUCUGAUUGCCAUCGUGACUCUGUGGAUCGUGGUGCUGGUGGUUUCGGUGCCAGUAGCCUUCACCCACGACGUGGUGGUGGACUACGAUGCAAAGAAGAACAUCACCUACGGCAUGUGCACCUUCACCAGCAACGAAUUCCUCAGCCCGCGCACCUACCAGGUCACCUUCUUCAUCAGCUCCUACCUGCUGCCCCUGAUGAUCAUCAGCGGGCUCUACAUGCGCAUGAUCAUGCGGCUCUGGCGCCAGGGAACCGGCGUCCGCAUGUCCAAGGAGUCGCAGCGCGGCCGCAAGCGGGUCACCCGCCUCGUCGUCGUGGUGGUCAUCGCCUUCGCCUCGCUCUGGUUGCCCGUCCAGCUCAUCCUGCUGCUCAAGUCACUCGAUGUCAUCGAGACGAACACCCUCACCAAGCUCGUCAUCCAGGUCACCGCUCAGACUCUGGCCUACAGCAGCUCGUGCAUCAAUCCGCUGCUCUACGCCUUCCUCUCCGAGAAUUUCCGGAAGGCCUUCUACAAGGCCGUUAACUGCUCAUCUCGAUACCAGAACUACACAUCUGACUUGCCGCCGCCGCGCAAGACGUCCUGUGCCAGGACCUCCACCACUGGACUCUAAGGAUCACUUUUGAUUUGGGAGGCAGUCACCAGGAGCGAAUCUUUGAGGGCACCAGUGGACAAAUACACGGGACCAAUCCAUCAAUGGACUGCAAGCGAGCGCUGCAUUGGAGUAUUGCUUUUCGAAUGACUAGAUAUAAGAUAUGAGGACUUUGUAAAUAGUAAAUUAGAUUAAAUGAAAUGAAUGUCUAUAUCGUA